GCUGCAAGGGCCUGGCAUACAGGCAUACAACCCGCCCAUUACCCAUCAGGGAGCAGCCCAGGUCCAACAGUGGCUCCAAAGUCCAAAGUCCCAACCUACUCCGAACGCUGCCGACCAUCCCCUUCCUCCGCCGGAUCCUCCUCCGCCGCUCCUCCAUCCACCGCUGCCGCCGCAGCGCCGCUCCUCUGUCGGUAUAGCGCCAGUUGAGUGGAAAUCCAUUCGGAAAUGGAUUGAGUUCUUCCUUUUGUUGUUGCAUUUGUAUUAGGCUCUGGUGAUUGUUUCACAAGGAUGAGAUGGCCUCUCGUCGAAGGUUAUCUGGUAUCCAGAGGCAGGUCUUGGCGCUGUACAGGGGGUUCCUUCGGACAGCACGGCUAAGGGCCCCAGAAGAGGGCCGCAGGAUUGAGUCUGUCGUCUCAGCAGAAUUCCGUGAGAAUGCGAGGAAUGUUGAUCAUAAGAACUUUGUAUACAUCGAGUACUUGCUAAGGAGAGGGAAGAGACAGCUUGACCAGCUCAAGAAUCCUGAUAUUACUGGACUUUCAACCCUUGAAGUAAAUAAAUAAGGCCUCUUCAUUGCAAUAGCAAAGUGUCCAUCAUGAUAUUGGUGUUUCUAAUGGGAAAAUUCGGAAUCUAGCGGGACUGCUGUUGACGAUGUCCAAAGAACAUAAAUAUGACCAUACAUCAGUGUCUCUUUCUGCAGUAACUUUCUGGAGUUCUCUUAAUUUGCCUAUGUCAUUCUCAAAAUUAAUCUUGUAGCACAUGUUUGGUGACUCUUAAUAAUAGUAUGAUUUUAUUGUACUUCAGUGUGAGCAGGCAUUGCACUAGAAUUCUUGUGAAUGUAAUGAAACAUUUUUUGUGAAUGAUCUCAGACAUGUGAUUUAACUCAA